ACAAUAUAAUCGCGUAGCAACUGUCGACGGAUUACAUUGAACAUAGGGAACGGUUGUGGCAGAUUCACGACUUAAACUACGUGUUCGUUGGAUACAGCAGCUUGUGCUAAGGUACUCUGUUUGCGACUAUUGUUGUCACAAUAGAAUUUAAGAAAAUUUUUUUAAAUAUUGCAGUUUAGUGUCAUGACAUCAUAUUAUAUAUAUAUAAUAACUCUUAUUUGUGAUAAUUAAACAAAUAAGUAUCUUUAUAAAGAACAUAUUAAACUAGAAUCCUUCUUAGCCAUGGAGUCAAAUGACAGAAAGAAUGUUUAUCUUUCUAAAAAUCCUGAUAAUUCCUUAAAUUCUGGAAUGAGAGAUACUAUGAUUGUUAAUCCUGGAAAUAUUCCUCCAGAAUGUGGCGAUGGUGUAAUGAAGCCUGUUAGUGUUUCUGGUGUUUCAUCUAAUCAAGCAAAAUGGUCUAACGCGCAAAAUAAAAAUUUUAUUAUCAAUGCUGUACCAGUAAAAAAUGAAAUAGUUCAUCUCGAAGGUGGGACACAUUGCAAUAAAAAAAUGUAUUAUUACGAUAGACAUUAUGGUCAUGAGGAAACUGAAAGACCAACACGUAGGGGAACAAAAAGAUAUAGAGACAAGGAUGCUCCAAAGCGUGCACUUUCUGCAUUUUUCUACUUUUGCCAAGAAUUACGUGGUAAAAUGAGAGAAUUACAUCCAGAAAUGGGUGUAGGCGAUAUUGCCAAAGAAUUGGGUAAACUUUGGAUGACUACUGAUCUGCAAACUAAAUCGAAAUAUAUGGCUAUUGCCGAAGAAGACAGAGUUAGAUAUGAGAGAGAAAUAAUAGCAUAUAAUAAAAGGAUGAAAAACUAUGAUCCAGAAGAUGUUGGAACAGUGUAAAGUGGUGGCAAGGAUA